AAAAUGAAAUAUGGUAUCUUAAUUCUCAGUCAGAUGUGAAUAUUUAUGGACUGUGAGCCAAAGGGUAAAAAGUGCUUUCAAUUUUUUUUUUUUUUUUUUUUCAAAAUGAGGAGAAUUAAUAUUGUUAGAAAUAAAAUAGAAAGUUUUUCACCAAGUUACUUCCAUGGACACUUUAUCCUGCUUAGGACUUUAAGAGGUUAAAUGGCUGAUCACAUUUGUCACCUAACAAAAGACGAACUUAACCUCGACGAUCCAUUAUGCAGAGAUUGUGUCAGGCUUGUGAUUAUGGGACUUCUCAAAGCAACUAUAAAAAUAACAAAACCUGACCGUAAGAAAACACAUCUCUAUUUAGCCUGUAAUUUGUAAAAAAUGUAAACACUUGUUUUAUUUGAGCCAAUAAAAACUAAUUGUUUUAAGUUGACAUUGUCCUUUCAGCGUUCAAUUUGAGUGUAUUUGUUUCGUGGAGAAUUAUAAAACGUUUUGGGGCCGUUGCCAAUAAGUUGUACUACCGUCUUUUGCCUGUAGGACACCAUUAAAUCUACAUUCUUCUAAAGUUGGAGCAAACAGAGGAAGGGAAACUUGGUAAGCAGCAUUUUAUAAUUGCUAUUGAUAUUAAAGCUGCAGUAAGUAACUUUUAGAAAACAUGUUUGGUUUUAAUGCACUUAUUUAUUAAAACUGUCACCAUGACAUGACAAUAAAGUAUGAGACAGAUAAUCUGUGAAAACAUGGAUCUCCUCUGCUGCCUUCUUGUGGCCAUACUGCAGCUCGGUCAGGAACAGCCAAUUAGAGCCAGGAGGCGGGUCUUAGCGCUGUCAAUCAAAUGACAGCGCAUCCUGAGGAUGACGGGCCUCCUGUUUUUUAAAAUCAAACACUUUAAGAUGGUAACAUAUCACUCUUUGCUCCAGUUCCCCAAGUUAACUGAUGGCAUUUGGUCAGUAAAUGUCUUCAUUUAACCUCGUGUGUCACAACUAAAAUUAUUCUGAACUUUGUGAUGAAAGUUCUGACUGCAGAUGUGGGAAAGUUUAUGUAUCUGUAUUACUGCAGCAAAAUCCUCACACAUAAAGAUCAACACUCAUCUGCCUUACUUUAAAAGUGUGUUUUCUUUUCUUUUCCAUCUUCCUUUAUGAUUGAAAGAAUGUUUUGAGGGGGGCAUUUCAUCUUAUUCCUGCAUGUGGCAUCAGGUCACAUUAAUUCUGUCGCCACUGCACUGAUUAGAAAAGGAGCCAACCUUCAAAUGAAGUGGUAAAAAUCAGAUUCUUGCCAGAAAUCCCCCCCCCCCCCUCACCAGAACAAGUUCAUUGUCCCUCACAUAUUUCAUUACCUAGAUCUGAACAUUCCCCACUUUCAAGUCUCCCCCCCCAUUUUGCUCUCUGUUGUGAUUACAGAGAGUUUUCUCGUCUUUGUUGUUCAAUCUCUGUUGUUUCAGCCGGCUCUGGCCUACCUCCAGGGAAGCUGUGAUCACAGCAAGAUUUCCAUCCUCGGCAGCAUCCAGAACACAACAAAGACACACAUGUUGGAGGAAAAACAAGAAGCUGCGCCGGAGGGACGCACACUUGAGACAUGGAAGCGUCCAGCGACAGGCUUUUCUGCUGUAGCUGGCUGCGCCGCAGGGUUCCCUUGCCCCACAGGGAGGAACUGUACCACAUCCUGAGGAUGACGGGACCUCUGCUGCUGUCUCGAAUCCUAAGUUACCUCCUGCCUUUUGUGGUCACAAUGUUCUGUGGGCGUCUAGGGAACAACGUGAUGGCCGGCUACGGGUUGGCUUCUGCUACCAUCAAUGUUACCACUGCAGCCACAGGGUAUGGUCUGGGCCUGGCGUGUGAUACUCUCAUAUCUCAGACGUUUGGGGGCAGGAACCUGCUGCAGGUGGGCGUGAUCCUUCAGAGGAGCGUCAUCAUCCUGCUGCUGUUCUGCCUGCCCUGCUGGGGGCUGCUCAUCAACGCACAGCCCGUCCUGCUGUGUGUGGGGCAGGACCCUGAGGUGGCCAGAAUUGCUCAGCUGUAUAUAACAGCCUUCCUCCCCGCUGUGCCAGCAAUGUUUCUACACAACCUUCAAGUGUCUUACCUGCAGAACCAGGGUAUAAUCCUGCCACAGCUCUACACAGCCGCCGUGGCAAACGUAGCAAAUGUCGCCACAAACUACCUCUUGCUUUACUGGCUGAACCUGGGAGUCAGUGGCUCUGCUGCGGCAAACACUCUGUCUCAGAUAUACAUCUGUUCUUUUCUGUUCGCUUAUAUCCGGUGGAAGAGGCUGCAUGUAAAAACAUGGGAAGGCUGGUCUGUGGAAUCACUACAGGAGUGGGGCUCCUACAUGAAACUGGCCCUCCCCAGUACCUUAAUGAAGUGUUUUGAGUGGUGGGUUUAUGAACUUGGUGGCUUCUUUGCAGGAAUGUUGAGUGAGGACGAGCUGGCAGCCCAGCAUGCUGUGAUAAUGAUCGCUUUCAUCACCUACAUGUUUCCACUCGGCCUUCAAGCAGCGACAUGCGCUAGAGUGGGGAAUGCUCUGGGCGCAGGAGACCGCGCCAGGGCCCUUCUGACCAGCAAGGUGUCCCUCUGUCUCGCAGCUACCUUUGCGGUUGUGGAAGGAGUUGUGCUUGGGUGCUCCAAAACGGUGAUCGGCUUCAUCUUCACGUCUGACGAGAAGAUCAUAGGUUUGGUCUCUCAUUUGAUGAAUGCCUACUGUUUCCUUCAGUUCUUUGAUGGUCUUGUGGGGGUUUGCACUGGCAUCUUCUUGGGCACAGGCAAGCAGAAGAUACCUGCUGUGGCUAACUUCGUGGGAUACUACUGCAUAGGCCUUACACUGAGUGUCACUUUCAUGUUUGUCGCAAAACUGAGAGUUUUAGGUUUUUGGCUGGGACUGCUGGUUUGUGUCAUUUUGCAAUCAACUUUCUACAUUAUUGUCAUCUUCAGACUGAACUGGGAGAAAGUGACAGAGGAGGCUGUGAAACGAGCUCAGAAAACCACCAACAUGACAUUACUAAGCACCGCUGGCCUCGCAGACGCYGAGGGAACUGCUGCAGGUCAGACGGCCUGCAAUGGAAAAUCAGCAGAUGGAUACAUAUGUGUUGGUACAGAGGAUCAGGACGGACAUGCUGAAAGGCCAGGUGGCCGUGAGGUCAGCCGAACAGACGGCCACCUCUCCACCACCCAGCUGAUCGUCCGCAGAGGCCUCGCCGUGUUAGCCGCGGUGGCUCUACUAGCUGUCGGAGCAGUCGUGCACUUCCUUGUUCCUUUGCCAGAGUUCUGGUCUGCAGAGGGCAACCGCACCGCAGCAGGUCGGAUCAAUGCGACGCAUCMGCCUGAUCCAAUUUUCUCCACUGUGCUGGUCCCUAAUGGACAGUCAAAGUGAGUCGGAGCUGAUGUUUGAACCGUCUUCAGUUUGACUCAGCUCUCUCUGACAAUACAUGACUGUAACRAUCCAUAUACUAAUUMGAGAUAACUCUCGUCAUUCUAGAGAACAAUCUCGCUUUAAAAGUCAUAAUCAUGCUAUUUUUGCUCUUUCUGUUUCCUCUUUGCUUCCUGCUGAUCACCUUACACCUUUCCCCUGUCAGGCUGCGUCCCGAGUCG